AUAGAGAGGAAAUGUUUUCCAGAUUAAAUGCUGCAAGAGGUAAGUUUCUGUGAUCUGAAAUUAGUACUGCUUCGAAUUCAUUUACAAAUUGAACGUUGGCAAAGACCGCCAGGGCGUCAUGCCAACUGGUCCCGUCUGCAGAGUAUGGCAGAACUCGACGAGAUCUCGGGCGUGCAAGGCCGUUUUUAGGCCCUUAUUUCUCACAUAUUAUUUAAAAAACUCGCGCGUGCACCUGCCAUACUCUGCAGACUGGCAACUAGUUACAAAGAAAAAUGAUGAUAAAUAAUAAAUAAAUAAGGUUAAUGUAAGCUUUGAUUGUAUCAAGAAGUUCCGCUAAAAAUCUUAAUUGGCAUCUAAUUUAUGCUGUAUUUUACUUUUCUAUCGAAUAUAGUGCACAGGUUAGCAGGAAUAAUGAAGUUAUUCAGAAUGGUGAUCUCCAAAAGGGAAAAUAGUUUUUCAACUAUUUCCCGAAGGGGAGGUGAAUAGUGGUAGAUAUAUAUACCGAGCAGGGUUGUCAAAGGUAGCUGGCUGCCGGCUAAAAUCGUCGUCUACUUGGUUAGUACCGGCCGGCUACUCUGCUUGGCAUUUCUUUACGGAUGGCGUUUUUUAAAUAAAAUAUCCCUGGACUGGUUAGGAAACAUCUUCUGAAAACUAUAGCAAGUGUUUAUGUGCCACUCACAGUUAAGUUUAAUGCCUGUUCACCUUAUAAUUCACUUAAGAUUCUCGGUAAUUUUGGAGAGAAAAUAGCCUGGAGAGUGCAGAAAACAGCAUUUCGGAGCGUCUAAACAUAAAAAUUUUGCGGUGGAGCAUGCCCCCAGAGGUUUGCACCUUACGUGCUUGGCAGCACCUUCAGCGCUGGCUGCUUACUUUGACAACUCAGCCAUCUACUUCAAAACUUUCUGACAACCCUGACCUAGACGCAAAGCCUCAAGGUAUAUAUCUAGCACUGUUCACCGACCCUGAGGGGGAUAGUUGUUUUAGUAUUUACCAAAUCAGUUGGAUAAAAGUGAAAAAAAUAAGUAACUUUUGUAAAUUAAAAACAUCACUUAGUAGGAACUUUGUUUACAAUUUAAAAACAUUUGCGGAAUUUUGUCAAGUGCAUUUUUACGAUUUUGUUGCAAAUUCAGCAUGAAAAUAAUUUUGUACCUACCAGUAAACAAUGACAAGCCAAAGUUCAUGGCUUUCUUGGUAUUUGUUUAUAUGACUGCUUCAUUUAUCGCUCAAAUUUCGUCUUUCAAAAAUGUCUCAAAAGGAGAGGCCAUUUUGGCUCCAGUCGCAGAACAGUGAAUAGCCAAGGAUAUUCCGAGUUACGGGAGCCAAUCAAAAUGCACAAUAAUUGCUAUUCACUGAUUUGGUAAAUACUAAGUUAGACUAUUACUAGUCAGAUCAGAUUUGAAUAUUUCAAUAAACUGAAACUGGGAUUUAGAUUGUGGUGUGCAAGGUGUGGAGUGUUGUGUAUCAAACAAUAGGAAUAUUUGGCAAAGACUAAUAUGCAAAGUCAAAUGAGAUUGUGAAAGCAUGCGGAAAUAAAUGCAAUUUCUGGUUAAUAUGAUGCUCUGCCAUUGAUCAAGCUGGUUGUUAGAACUGCGCAUGCUGUGGUCACUCUCCGUAUGAAUUGUCUUUGCUAAAAUAAACUGGCUAAUAACUUUGUCUGUAAAAGUAUGUUGUCCUUUCCACGAAAAGCUACAUGUAAAUAUGCGUGAGAUGGGUAACUGGCUGGCAGUUAUUUUUUGGCAAUAGUUUAGCUUGGUAUCUUUGUGGUAUCAAUCCUUAAUAUCACUUAAAUUUGGCAUGUUCAGGAAACAGUGCUACCCUAGAUUAUCUGGGAUGUUUGUGAUCAUGUAAGUACCAGCCAUAAGUAUUUAAAGAAACCAGGCCUGGAAGACCAGGUUUUAGUGAAAGCUGAUGUUUCAUCUUAAUUAAAUUUCAGUUCUGGGAAAUACUUUGCAUCUGAAAAAUAUUUGCACAGCCUUAAAACCGAGGCAAGCUUUGUUAGCAUCACAAAUCAAUGUAUUGAAUGUAAAUAAAAGGAUGAACAGUACAGAUGCAUACUCAUUUGAAACACUUGCUGUAACCAAGCCACAGGAGCAUGUAAUUCAGGUUGAGCUUAACAGACCAGACAAGAGAAACGCAAUGAACAAGACAUUUUGGAGGUGAGAAACUAAAACCUUGAGUGCACAGGUCACCCAAGCCCAUGUUGUGAGAAAAAACAGGAAUACUCUAUGCAAUUUUUUAGUACACAGCAAAAGCUUAAUAUGUUAUUACCAAGUUUUUGCUCACCAUUUUUUGGUGCAAAAUCUUCAAUCUCAGUAAUUAUUUACAAAGCACGGUUUUGUAUGGCCUGCAUGGAAGAUUUUAUUUUGGGCAAUCCAUAGUAGGAAGACCAUUACUUAGCCUGCUAGUAGCUUCUCUCUGCCAAUAAAUUCAAGUAAUGGAGCCACUUGACAAGUGGAAAUAAAUCAGUCUGUGUUCACACGCUAACCAUUACUCAGGGUGUCUGAAGUUGGCCAAACAUGUGUUUGGUUUUAAAAAAGCACCACUGUGAGGAAGCCUGAGAAUAGACGACUUCCCCAAGAGCACUUCGCUCAAGGUUGAAUCAUAAAAGGUCUUUACACAGAAUACAUGCCCCAUCCAUCAAAGAUGUUAUCCCUUUAAGCCCCAAUAUCCACAUACAAAAUCUCCAUACUGAUCUCCAUACACUUCCUUAAGAAUAAGUUGGGAGAUUUUGAAUAAAGAUCAAAGCAUUUUCCUUUGGUGAUCAUUUAUAACUUCUCUUAACCUUUUUUACUGAUUAUGUUUUAAAUGAUAUUAGGAGAAAAUUGCUGUUGGUCACUCUUGGCAUUUAUAUUCAAAGGGUUGUCAAAGUCCUAUCUGACUAUUUUCCUAUCACUAGUUCAGUUAUUCCUGUUAUAAAGAAACAUUUUAGUAAUCUGUAACUUUGUUGUGAUAUGUGUAGGGAGAUGGUUGAAUGUUUUCAUCAAAUUAGUGAUGACUCCGAGUGUCGAGCAGUGGUGCUGACUGGAGCUGGGAAACUCUUUACAGCAGGUUGGAAUAUAGCUGACUUCAGUUCAAUGUCACAAAUGCGUUAAUGAGUCCAUGCAUCCUAUAUAAAAUUUCUAGUUCUUAAUAUCACACAUUUUAAUGGAUGUUAUUUUUGUGGUAAUUUUGCUGUAGCCUUUUCGCAUUCGUGAGAACGCAUCCUAAUCUGGUGUUCCUGUGGCACUAAGGCAGAAAUUUUCGAGCUCUCAUGGGCGAGUGCAAAUAAGGUGCCCCUAUUAAUUUUAUCAGGAGCACCUUGGCCAGGAAACUGGACUCCUUUCAACUCGAUUUCGUUUCUGUAAUUUUUCGAACAUAGAUCCAUAAUCAAUGAUUACCUCUAGUAAUAUGUCCUUUAGAAAGGGCAUAGUUGUAACUUGAUCAGACAAUGAGAAGCAAUAACGUUAAUGAGGGAAAAAUGUACUGGCCCAGUAAACCAAGCUUCGCCUAUACAGAUGCCCUAUUGACAACCGCCAUCCCAGGCCCCUCUUAAGAUUGAAAGCGGCUGACAGAAAACCCCAGCACAUUUACCCAGCCUCACAGUAUUAUUCACUUAUGUAGGUCCCCUUGCUAUAAAAGUUCCCCCAUUUAAUCUCACAAGGAGUUCAUCCUCUAGCUGGAUUUAAACCCUUUUAAAAGAGGGCAGGAGGAAUUUGUAGAGAGAUCAAGCAUCAUGGCUAUAUUUGAAUUAUUUGAAUUAUAUUGUAUAUUGUAGAUAUUUUAUAAUUUAGAUUUUUUUUUAUAUUCUUUUUUGUAAUUAGGUAGCGCUUUGGACAAUUAUUGGAUUUUAGCGCUAUAUAAAUAAAAUUAUUUUAUUUAUUAUUUAUUUUGUGGCUGUGCAGACAGCAAAAGGCAGAGUUAAGGUGGCAGUCAUUUUUUGCAACAUUUUAUUUUUGCUGCAUGCUUCUUUCAGUGGUGAAAAAAAUUGUCAUUGCAUUUUAAAAAAUGUAAGAAGUAGCUGUUUUUUUUUUUUUUAAAUUUUUAAGGCCUUGAUCUCAUGGACAUGGCAAGUGAUAUCAUGAACAAUCCGGGCAAUGAUCCUUGUGUAGGGAGAUGGUUGAAUGUUUUCAUCAAAUUAGUGAUGACUCCGAGUGUCGAGCAGUGGUGCUGACUGGAGCUGGGAAACUCUUUACAGCAGGUUGGAAUAUAGCUGACUUCAGUCCAUGCAUCCUAUAUAAAAUUUCUAGUUCUUAAUAUCACACAUUUUAAUGGAUGUUAUUUUUGUGGUAAUUUUGCUGUAGCCUUUUCCCCUUUCGUGAGAACGCGUCCUAAUCUGGUGUUCCUGUGGCAGACAUUUUCAAGCUCUCAUGGGCGAGUGCAAAUAAGCCGCCCCUAUUAAUUUUAUCAGGCGCACCUUGGCCAGGAAACUGGACUCCUUUUAACUCGAUUUCGUUUCUGUAAUUUGUCAAACAUGGAUCCAUAAUCAAUGAUUACCUCUAGUAAUAUGUCCUUUAGAAAGGGCAUAGUUGUAACUUGAUCAGACAAUGAGAAGCAAUAACGUUAAUGAGGGAAAAAUGUACUGGCCCAGUAAACCAAGCUUCACCUAUACAGAUGCCCUAUUGACAACCGCCAUCCCAGGCCCCUCUUAAGAUUGAAAGUGGCUGACAGAAAACCCCAGCACAUUUACCCAGCCUCACAGUAUUAUUCACUUAUGUAGGCCCCCUUGCUAUAAAAGUUCCCCCAUUUCAUCUCACAAGGAGUUCAUCCUCUAGCUGGAUUUAAACCCUUUUAAAAGAGGGCAGGAGGAAUUUGUAGAGAGAUCAAGCGUCAUGGCUAUAUUUGAAUUAUUUGAAUUAUAUUGUAUAUUGUAGAUAUUUUAUAAUUUAGAUUUUUUUUUUAUAUUCUUUUUUGUAAUUAGGUAGCGCUUUGGACAAUUAUUGGACAAAUAAUUUAUUAUUUAUUUUAUGGCUGUGCAGACAGCAAAAGGCAGAGUUAAGGUGGCAGUCAUUUUUUGCAACAUUUUAUUUUUGCUGCAUGCUUCUUUCAGUGCUGAAAAAAUUGUCAUUGCAUUUUAAAAAAUGUGAGAAGUAGCUGUUUUUUUUUUUUUAAUUUUUAAGGCCUUGAUCUCAUGGACAUGGCAAGUGAUAUCAUGAACAAUCCGGGCAAUGAUCCGUCGCGGAGGGCUCAUUUCAUGAGAAAGCUCAUCCUUAAUCUUCAAGAGUCCUUCCUGGUGAUUGAGAAAUGCCCACAGCCAGUGAUAGCAGCUGUACAUUCAGGAUGCGUCGGGGGAGGAAUAGACAUGAUCUGUUCCUGCGAUGUUCGCUUGUGCUCUGCUGAUGCAUGGUUUGAAAUUAGGGUAUGUAAAGCCUUCUAUCCCCUCGCAAACACAUCAUGACAGUGUAGACAACAGCUAAAUCCCUGGCAGAACUUACAGCUGUUUUAUUUUAAUUUUCUCUGCCAGGAAGUUGACAUAGGGCUUGCAGCCGAUCUUGGUACCCUACAGAAAUUUCCAAGGAUUAUUGGCAAUGAUAGGUAAGUUACCUUUCAGUUUAACCCACUUCAGGUUGGGUUGGUUUGAGGAGGGUGGGACCAGGCUUGAUGGUGUUUAAUAUAUUUUUUAGAAAAUUAGAUUUUAACUUUUGAAUCAAAUGUCAAAGUCUUCUCUUAUAAAGACACAUCUUCAAACUUCGUACAUGCUAAAGUACAUCUAACAUACUAAUAACCUUCUGGAAGGUGGUGACACAAGUUCCCUUAUUUUCAAACGCCCUUAACUUGCAAACAAUACUUGCAUGGAGACAUGACUCACAUUACAUCAGAAUUCUUAAAAAAGUCUGGAAAUUUGCCCAGCAAUUUUCCAGACCUGGAAAAAGUCUGGAAAAUAGAGAUAAAGUCUGGAAAAACUUGUAAAAAGUCUUGAGUUUUUUUUCCAAAGCUACUACAAGUGCUUUAUAAGUGAAAUGUUUUUUGUUUUGGUCAAAUCUUAUUCAAUCUCGUCCGUACGUUUGAAGUGCAUCCUGAAAAAGCUUUUAAUUGUCCCUGCUUUUCAAAGGUCAAUAUUGAUCACCUAUUAUCUAUUUUUGAUAAACCUUGAGUCUGGGAAAAGAAAUUAUUGUUUUGGGAAAAAAGGGUGGAACAAGUCUUGAAUUUUGGAUCCAAAAAGGAGUACGAACCCUGUUACAUCCUUCAAGUACAAACGCCGCCACCUGGUUAGUGCCAGUCUCCUGAGAGGGAGUUUCUUGUAUUAAAACCUUGGAUGGAUCAGAAGCUAAGGUUGUUAAAAGACUCGUAACUUCAUAACGGUUGUAAAUCAAUUAAAAGGGGAAAUAAAGCAAGCCACGAUAAUAAACAAUCGUUUUGUCUUUCUCUUCUUCAGUCUUGCGAGGGAGUUAUGCUUUACUGGCAGACGUUUUACAGCUCAAGAAGCCAAGGAGUUUGGAUUUGUGAGGUGUGUUUCGGAUAGGCAUUUCUGUUCAGUAAGGCUGAAUGCACUUGAAAAUCGUUGUCCCAACUUUUUUUUAACGUUACUUAGAUUUUUAUUUAGGUUUAUAUUAUUUUUUUAAUCAGCGGGACUCGUUUGUGUUGUUGUCUUUGCACUUUUUGUGUUGUUUUUGUUAGAUUGCGAGCAGUCUCCUAUUUUUCUCUAAUCCGCCCGCCCGCCCUUAGCCUGCGUAGCAGGAGCUUGGAAGUAGUGGACGAAAGAGAGAACGUCUCCUUCGCGGGCGCCCGUUUUUUUCUUGUGCGCACUACUUCCAGGCGCCUGCUACGCGGGCUAACCCGCCCCAACGGCGGAUAUGAAUGAAUAAAUUGAAAGAAAAAGACAAAUCCCAAAAAGGAGAGAGAAAUCUUAUUUCUUAUUGUAAAAUUCCUGGCUGCGUUACCUCACUUUUUACCCCCUUGAAAUUUUUGGUUUUAGCCGUUUUGGCGCCCAGUUGAGUUGCAUAAGGUCUCUUCCAAUAUUUUAUUUUGUUCAUUUUCGUUUCUCAGUCGUAUUUGUCCUGAUCGUGACAGUCUUGUCAAGGACGCUGUAGAUCUUGCAAGCCAGAUAUCCAAGAAAAGUCCAAUCGCCAUGUCAGGAACAAAACACAACCUGAAUUACUCAAGAGAUCAUUCAACCAAGGAAGGUUUAGAGUACAUGGUAAGUUUUUUACGGAAGCUGUACGAGUGUUCCUUCAUUUCUUUUGAGAAAAGAUCCGCGUGUGCUAACGCGAGUGAGCGUGAAUCUCCUCCCACGAGGAACGGACUUUGCUUUAUCUUUGCUCCGGCUUGUCAAGCUUCUCGCGGUAAGAGAGUUUCGAGUAAAGAUGAACAACUCACAAGUAUAGUAGAUUAGUAUUUAUUUCGAGGUGCUUACGCGAGUGCGGUAGAAACUAGGUUACCGCGAGGAACACGCCUCAUUUUGUCUUCGCACCUCCACGUCGUGUAUCUUCAUAAGACUUUAUUUUCUUAUGAACUGUACCUGACUAUUUUAGGGGAUAAAAUUGACUCGGAAAAGGAAAACUAUAUAAUUAUCUAAACUUUAGCCAGGCUUGCUUUAUGCUUCGUUUCUCAAAAAUUGGCUGAUUAGAUCCACCAGGACUGUUAAUUAUCCACCUUAUCUCUUGCUGCCAAAGUAUUUAUCCUUUUGUGUGAGAAGGCUCUCAGGGGGAGGGGGUGGGGUGUGUAUUAGCGAAAUAUAGAAUGAUCGCACUCCUUUAGUGGAGGAGGGUGGGGAGACUAGAAAGGAACCUUCCCCCAACCCCUCAAGGCUUAUAAUUCUGCGUUUCCUCUGAGUUUCAUUGAGAAGACAUAAAUAUUUUUUAAUCGCUUGAGGUUUAAUUUGAAAACGAAAACGCUAAGAGUUGAUCGAGUUGCCUCUGUUUUUAGGCCACGUGGAACAUGGCCAUGCUGCAAACAGAGGAUAUUCUGAAAGCUGUGCAAGCUGGAAUGAGCAAGGAAGAGGCUGUAUUUUCAAAACUUUAA